AAGAUAUCGAUCAGACCACUGUAUAUCCGCGUCUCCGUAGUCACCAAAUAUCAAAGUCAGGAGAAUCGACAUCGGGUGGGAACAAAAAGCUUUUCUAUCUCUCUCCCUCUCGGCUGACUUUGUACGGACACUCAAAUUUAGGAAUAAUAUCAUGCAAAGAGAGAUCUCUCGGGUUGCGAUCAUCGGCGUCGGCCAAGUCGGUGCUGCUGUUGCAUAUGCGCUCAUCCUCGGCUGCGUCGCUGAUGAAGUCCUCCUCGUUGAUAUCCGCGGAGAAUGGCGGGACGGGCAGGUGCGCGACUUGGCGGACGUGGCAUAUGCAGAAGGGAGCAGGACCCGUGUCCACGCCGCCGACUUCCGUGAAGCCAGCCAGUGUGACAUUGUGGUGAUCACGGCUGGUUCAAAGUUCUCUUAUGGACAAACCAGCCUGGACUACCUGUUCCGAAACACGGGGAUCCUCAGGUCUGUGGUCAACGAGAUGAAGCCAUUCAGAUCAGAUACCAUUCUGCUUGUCGUCGCAAACCCAGUCGACCUCUUGACUUCGCUGGCCAAGGAGCUUGCUGGACUACCCCCCUCUCAGGUCAUAGGGUCGGGAACUUUGCUUGCUUCCGUCCGGCUUCGCGGGCUGUUGGCGGACAGUGUUAACGUUGCACAGAGUUCGAUAGAUCUAUAUGUGCUCGGGAUCCACGGCGACGAGGAGGUUGCCGUCUGGUCAACUGCAACAAUCGGCGGCGUGCCUCUAAAGCACGCCCUCCCUGCCGCGAGUGAGGACGCGGAGAAAGAACGGCUCGCACGGGAAUGCAAAACGCGGUCGCGCAGCAUUGUCAGCGCCAAGGGGGCAAUGUCCUUUGGGAUUGGAUCCGUCGUCUCAAGUAUCUGUACCUCGAUCUUGCAGGACAAGCGCAACGUUCGACCGGUCAGCCACUUCCAGCCGGAGUUUGGAUGCUGUUUCAGUUUGCCUGUUGUUCUUGGACGCACGGGCAUUAUUCAAGGGGUCCCUGCGGGCUUAAGCGCCGCGGAGCAAGAGGCUGUGGUGAGGUCUGCGAAGGAGUUGAGACGCACGCUGGAUAGGGUAUCGGAACAGUUUUGAUCAUUUAUUGUUUGUGACCAUCAUCGCAAAUUGUAUUGAAACUGCAACGAAAUUGCAAAUUCUCAUUUCAAGGGACACACGAGAACAACCAAAGUAGUCACGCCGUACAUGCAUUACUUCUAAACAGGCUCAUUGGUCAG